GUAAACUGAUUAUUGACAGUGCUUCUAAUUCUGAGUUCCAAACUCUUGCACUGUAGUAGGAGUAUAGUCCUUGUGAUCAUCCAGUGCAGCAGCAGGGAAUCAGAUGAAUCGUGGAAAGCAUUCUCAGUGUCGUCUUCCCCUCCGUCGAAAUGAUUCUGCUCAAUUCUACUUUCUCCGUCUGCUCUCGGUGCUUUUGCUGAUCUGCACGGUGGCAGCUAGUGGAUAUUCACAGGCUGCGGAAGCUGAAAUCAUAUCGAGGUUCCAGGAGUACCUCCGAAUCGACACAGCCCAGCCGAAUCCUCGCUACAGAGAGGCGGCGGAUUUCAUCAUCUCCCAGGCCAACUCCCUGUCCCUCGAAUCUCAGACCAUUGAAUUCGUCAAGGGAAAGCCUGUUGUCCUCCUCAAAUGGCCUGGUAAGGACCCGAACAUCCCCUCUGUCCUUCUCAAUUCCCACACUGACGUUGUCCCUUCCGAGCCUCACAAAUGGUCCUUCCCUCCUUUUGGCGCCCAACUUGAUCUCGCCACCGGAAAUAUCUAUGCCAGGGGCUCCCAGGACAUGAAGUGCGUUGGUCUCCAGUACCUGGAAGCUAUUCGCAGCCUCAAGGCCUCUGGGUUCCGGCCAACCCGUUCUGUGUACCUUUCCUUUGUCCCUGAUGAGGAAAUUGGUGGCCACGACGGUGCCGAGAAAUUUGUAAAUUCCGAUAUCUUUCAGGAGAUGAACGUUGGGGUUGUGCUGGACGAGGGAUUGGCUUCCCCCACGGAAAACUACCGUGUCUUCUAUGGUGAGAGGUCUCCUUGGUGGCUGGUUAUCAAGGCAGUUGGUGCCCCUGGACACGGUGCCAAGCUCUAUGAUAAUACUGCUAUGGAGAAUCUUUUUAAGAGUAUUGAAAGCAUAAGGAGGUUCAGGGCUUCUCAGUUUGACUUGGUCAAGGCUGGCAUGAAGGCUGAAGGAGAGGUCAUUUCUGUCAAUAUGGUGUUCUUGAAAGCUGGCACCCCUUCCCCCACUGGUUUUGUCAUGAACUUACAGCCAUCCGAAGCCGAAGCAGGUUUUGAUGUUCGAGUUCCACCAACUGCUGAUCAAGCCUCAUUGGAGAGACGAAUUUCUGAGGAAUGGGCACCUGCUUCACGCAACAUGACCUUUGAGUUCAAGGUGAAGACAUCCAUACAUGAUAAGUUUGGGAAACCAGCACUCACAGCUACAGACAGUUCUAAUGUUUGGUGGGCCUUAUUAGAGGAAGCUGUCAAGGAUGCAAAUGAGAAACUGGGAAAGCCAGAAAUAUUUCCUGCCUCUACAGAUGCACGCUGCUUUAGAGAUCGUGGCAUUCCAGCCAUUGGAUUUUCUCCCAUGGCAAAUACUCCUAUUCUCCUUCACGACCACAAUGAGUUUUUGAACAAGGAUGAAUAUUUGAAAGGCAUUGGUGUUUACAAGUCAAUAAUCAAAGCUUAUGCUUCUUUUGUUGAGCACAUGCGAGAUGAUAUAUCCAAAGCAGAGUUAUGAGGGAUACAGCUUGCCUCCGUCCUAUGUACAGGAUUUCAUUAAAGUGCGUCCCAAGUGGAAAAGUGGGCAUAUGUUGCAACAAAUGACUGACUGAUUGACUGUUCGGUUACUACUUCCACUUGCACUUUUUCAACACCUUUCCAUUUGAUUCCAAUCACAGAAUAGACAAGUCACUACUUGCCAUCCUUUUGUUGUAAACUAUACAUAAAAAAACUGCGAUAUGUUUGGAUUGACAUCCAUUUUUUUUUGUGUGUCCAAAAAGCGCAUAGUACCUCUGGGGCCUACAAGAGAAUGAGUGAAAGUGGCAAUGAACUUAACUAUUGGUCCGUUCUUUGGCUAAAC